AUGUCCUCGAACGCCUUCGUCCCGACGCUCCCGAAGCCCGCGUUGUCGCCAGCAGACAGCGGCGACGACGACCUGAAAGACGUCGCGACCCGCGAGGAGGCGCUCGCGGCGGCGCGCGCCGCGGACCUGACGCCGCGCCAGCUCGACGUCAUCGCGGCCCUCGACGACGAUUCCACGCCCGAGGGCCCGUCGCGGAGCCUGCGCGAGGGCAUGCUCGGCAGCGACCACUCGCUCGACUCUUUGUCCAUUCAAGAGCUCGCGACGCUCGAGAGCCCCCCGCCCGCGUCGCGCCAGACGAGCGCCUCCACGGAGGCGAGCCCCCUCGGCGGCGGCGCGUUCCAGCCCGUCGCCGCGGGCUCGCUCCACGGGUCGUCGCUCGGCCUAUUGGACCUCGCGGCCGAGGCCGAGGCGCGGCGCGCCGACGACGACGACAAGGCCUACGGCUCCGACGAGGAGCUCGAGCGCACCUUCAGCCAGGGCGACCUGCGCGUCCGCGUCGACUCGCGGGGCGCGACCUACGCGGCGCCGCUCCGGGGCGACGCGAGCUCGCCGGCCGCGAUCUUCAAACCGGUCGAUCCCGCGCCGCCGUCGCCGUCGGCGAUGCGCGCGCUGCGCGUCGAGGUCGCGGCGCAGGAGGCCGCCGAGGCGGCGCUCCAGGGUUUGGUGGGCGCGGCGAACGCCGGCGACGACGCCGACGUCGACGCCGCGCGGAGCGCGUGUCGCGACGCGGCCGCGAAGGACGCGGUGUCCGCGGCGGCGCUGCGGCGCGUCGUCGUCGAGGCCGUCGACCGGUCCCGCGGCGGGUCGUCGCGCCUGCUCGGUGAGCUGCGGGGCGUGCUCGACGACCUGUACCUCGUGGAAUCGUCGCGGCUCUCGGACGACGACGACGAGGACGACGGGCCCGACUCGACGGCGGCGCGGCACCGCGCCAAGGUCAUCGACCACGGCCUCGAGGACGCGCUGCGGCGCCGCGACGUGCCGGCCCUGCGGCGCCUCUUGCGCGACGUCCACGGCGGCUCGGGAGAGCUCGCGGAGCAAGCGCGGCGGUCGGUCGCGGCGCUCGAGUCCGCGAGCCCUGUGCCGCGCGGCGCGUUCUCCCUGGCGCAGGCCCGGGCCGCCGCGGACGCCGAGCGGACCUUCGCCGCCGUCCGGGACCUGGAGAACGCCCUGGCGACGACGGAGGACUUGGGGGAUCACUACGACUACGACGAAACCGCCGGCCAGGAGCGGCAGGACGCGGAGCGGUUGCUGACCAUCUUGCGCGGCGAGCUCGCGGCCGUCGAGGCGCUGCGCGAGGCCAUGGACCGGCGCGACGCCGCCGUGCUCGCCCAGGCGCUCGACGCGGCCUACGGGCUCAUCGUCGACUUCCCGCUGCGCGCGGCGCUGUCGCGGAAGUCGUCCGAGGACGAGGGCGCGGUGAACACGCCCCUGGGCACGGCGCUCCGCGACGCCCAGGCGCUCUACGACCGCAUCCAGGCCGCGGCGAAGCGGCCGCCCGUCGUGUCCCUCGGCGACCGCCUCGGCGGCUUCCUCGCGGACGCGCACGACGCGCUCUACGGCGCGGCCGUGGACGGGUCCCUCGCGCUCCGGGACGCGGUCCUCUUCGGCGUGCGCCACCCGACGUCGUCCUUCUCGUUGGGGGUCCUGGGGGCCGCCGUCGCCGUCGUCUGCGUCUACGGGUUGUGGGCGUAA